AUGUCUUUCCAUUAUAAUCAUUAGAGCUCAAAAUCAACAGCUCCAAUAACAGAAGAUCAAAAUAAAGGCUAGCUUAAUGUGGUGGAGGAGGAGCACUCCCAGGACAAGGAAGAACAAAAAUCCAAGGUCGGAAACAACGUGGUCUACGAGCAUCACGGCAAUACAAUCACUGUGUAAUCGACCAAGGUCAUCGGAGAAUACAAUUACUCUUUUGUCUCUGUUUCGCCAACUAAAAAGGCUAUGGUUGACACUCCAAUGCUUAAAAAGAUCAAGGUAAUUCAGAUGAAUGAGAUGAAAACAUGGAAAGGACUCCAAGUGGAAUAUAUUACUCGUCCUGGUAUCGUCAAUCUACUCACUAGCAAAAAGCUCCUUAAAACAUCGGAAUACUUCAAGGUACUCUUAUCUUCAAUUCGCAUUAACUCAACCUUCUAUAGCUGGAAGAUGAAAGAUUCAAAAUCUUCUUAGAGGGACUCAUCAGAUAUCGUGAAUGGGAAGAAGAGAGACUUAACUCAGUUUACUAAUUUUAGGAUCAGCAGACUAAACAAAAAGAAAUAAAUUUAAGGGGAUCUGAGUACAUUCAGUUCAAAAAUCUUAAAGACCCAUCAAUUGUAUCACAAGCACAUUUUAAUUGACUCUUAUUUGUAGUUGAUGCGAGAAGGACCGCUUCCUAUUUCUGCGUAUAACAAAGGUGGAAUUAUUGGAGCAGCUACAGCGACAGGGGGUUUCCUAGACCAAAGCCAUCAUGAUUUACUGUAUAAAAUAGUAAAAACAGAUGGAAAACUCAUUAGGGCCUUGUUAGAAAAUAAUGGGUUUCUGCAAACAGAGGCUCAUGACUGGAAUGUUUUAUGGACUUGUCAGAGUAUGAAGCUGAGUCAGUAUGAGGGCUUGAAUGAAAAUCAGAAAAUCAAUCAUUUUCCUCAGUCAUAUGAACUCACCAGAAAAGAUAGGCUUUGCUACAAUGUAGUCUAAAUGUAAGAGAAAUUCAGCAAGGAAGAGUUUAACAUUAUACCAGACACCUAUAUCCUUCCUGACGAAUUCGCUGACUUCUAUUCACAUUUUCACAAGCUUAAAUCGAAAGAGCAGAGCAAUUUAUGGAUUAUCAAACCACAAAAUUCAUCUCAGGGCAAAGAUGACAUAUCUGAAGUCCCCAUUGAUGAAUCUUGUAUAGUCAGCAGAUAUAUUACUAACCCUCUACUUAUUAAUGGCUUGAAGUUCGAUCUGAGAAUCUAUGUCUUAAUUACUAGUGUUGAUCCUUGGAGGAUUUACGUCUAUCAUGAAGGUCUUGCUAGAUUUGCCAGUGAACCCUAUCAAGCACAAACUAGCAAGCAAAAUAAAUUUGCUCAUUUGACAAACUAUUCAAUCAACAAGAAGAAUGAUAAGUAUAUUCCAAAUCUUAACGCAGAGUAAGAUGACUCUGGACAUAAAUGGAGUUUAGCUGCUCUUUCUAAGCAUCUAGAGCAGAUAGGAAUAGAUUUGAACCUAAUGUGGUCGAAGAUCUAUGAUGUCAUCUUGAAGUCUUUACUGUCUAUUGAUUCCAUUAUAUACUAAAAUCUCAAGAAGCUACCAAAUAAGAACAACUGUUUCGAGUUACUUGGAUAUGAUAUUCUUAUCGACAGUGAAUUGAAGUAAAUUAAUAUUCUGUAAUAUAAUAUUAGACCCUGGCUGAUGGAAGUUAAUCUUUCCCCUUCUCUGGCUACUGAUUCCCCUCUUGAUGUGAAAAUCAAAUCUGGUUUGAUAAUAGAUACUUUUAACCUGGUCGGCAUAAAAAAGUUUGAUAGAAGAAGGGAUAAUCUAACAAAGAUGAAAAACAGAGUCAAAAAUAUAAUAAGGGCCAAAUCUUAUUAGUCAAGGUAGAAUAAUCCUUAGGCUAAUGGGUAGACAAAGAAUGGAGUCUUCUAAGGUACGUACAUUACUUAAAUUUACGUAGGUAAAUUAGAUGACGGUAAUGAAAACGAGUUCUUUUACAAGAACAAGCUGCUCUUUGAAAGGAUUUCAGAACAUGCCCGUCGGAAUAACUUUAUCAGAAUAUACCCAUCCAAGAACUCUGAUAUCUAUGAUUAGUACUUCAUUACUCCUAGACCGAGUAAUAAAUUCCUCUAUCGAUAUCUGUUUUGUGAUGAAAUCAUUCACUUUCCAGCAGGUUAUCCAGCUGCAGGAGCAAAUAUUACUUAGAAGCAUCUGCCCUUGCCUGAAGGUUCAGACUACGGUCAUGAUCAGCAUUUCGGCCAAGGAUAAUCUUUCAUGGCAUAAACUGGAUUUCCAUCUCAAUUCAGCAUGAAUAAUCAUUAAACUUCAACUAAUGAUAUAUAGAAGAUAUAAAAUAGCAAUAGAACUAAUUCAGCCAUAUUGAAAAAUAGAUAAGAUAAUGUUGGAUCUAAGAAACUACUAUAAUCUGCAGGAUAGGCAUAGAGUUUAGCUAAUCAGGUCUAAGAGUAGUAAGUCUUGCAGUAAUAGUAGUAAAAGGAAAAGUUAUUGAUAACUGGCGAUGAUGUCUUGAUAGAGUAUGUAGCAAGACUAAUGAUAGCAGUGAAAAGCAUAAAGGAGCAUAUCUUGAGACCUAGUUGGAAAAAUCAAAUUGAAAAAUUCAUCAAGCAUUACGUUUGGCAUUCUUCUGAUGUGAGGAGAGCUGAGAAUAAUAAACUCUGGCAAAGGCUUGAAUCUAGGCUUAUAGAAAUGAAAGAGAGAAGAAAGAGACUGCUGAAGAGUUUAUACAAGAAAGAGAAUCCUUAACAUUUAAGUUAAAUAGCAGGGCAAUCUAAGUAAUCUACUCUGACUCAUUAGGGCAUCUUGGAUUUUGAGAAGGAAUAUGAGCAUAAGGAGGAGUAGAAAAAUGUUAUAAUAUAGGGGUUCUCAGCAGCAUAGCUUGAAGAAAUGCUGAGAACUUCCACUAAAAAUGUAGCUUAUGAGGUGAUUUCAUGUUUGAUAGAUUAAACUGGCAAAGGAGUGCUGACUGAAAUUAUUAAAUGGCUUACUACCUGCAAUCAAAAUCUAUUAAAUGAUUAAGAGUCUAUCUUGAAUCAACUAAGCCGUAAGAAAGAUGUAGAUGAAAGUGAAGAGGAGCCAGAGAGUUUUAUUUACGCACCUGCUGGCAGUGGAAACACAAAGACAGGAGCCGAAAAUAACUCAACUACUUCUGUAGGAUCGGCAAGCAUAGGAAGUGGAAACUCAGGCGAUGUUAGAAUUAAAAUUAGGAAAAAUUCUAUGGAACCUCAUUCUAAAAUGAAGGCUAAUCACUCUUAAUUGAUAUAACAAAAACUUAAACAGUAGGAGAAAUAAAAUUAGGGGUAGUCUUAGAAGUAGGAUACCUAAGAAAACUAGUCGAUUGAGAACAUUAACUAACAGAUUAAUGAAAAAAUAUUGACGAUGAGUAUUUCACCUGGCCCGCAUUAAAAAACUCACAGUUCGCUUGUUUCAAAUUCUAAAAUAGACACUCCUUAGAAUGAUAUGGUUGGAGUAGGCUAAGCAAGAGCAAUCAUUAAAAACAUUAAUUAGACUAAUGAAGAAAUUAAGGAUGAUGCCUUGAAGAACAGUCUCUACGGUUCUCCUAAUGACAAAAGCAACAGAUCGUUUCAAGUAAAUAAAGAGCAGGAUUUCACUUCUACGACCAAGCUCAACCUUUAAAACUUUACAUAACAAAAUUUCGACUUCUAAAAGUCAUCAGCAAUGGGCACAGAGAGAAAGAAGCUACAGUCAAGUGAGGUUAAUCAAUAAGUGUAGCUUAAUCAAGCUCUUCAAAAAAUGAGUGGUAAGUCUCUCGUUUCAAAUCCUGGCUAGUCAAUCGACUCAUCAUAAUCAAAGGCUAGCAAUACUAUCAACUUGAUGGAUAAAAACACAUCAACAAGUAAUAGCUCUUAUUUCAAAACUUACCAAUCCCAGCUAAAAACAGACAUCGUUCAGUAAAAGGCAAUUGUUAAUCAGGGAUCUGACAACCAAAAUAAUCAGCAAAAUACUGAUGUUAAUAGCUUUAACGCCUCUGUAUCAUCCUAAGCUAACACUAAUAUGUUGAAUAGCGGCAAUGUAGUAACAGUCUACGGUUCCUAAUUCUCUAAUUCUAAAAAUGGGCUUAACAAUGGCAAUACAAGCAAUUUCUCGUAGUCAUUAGGCUUGACACCGUAAUCAUCGAACCCAGCUUCAGCUGCAAAGAAGGUAAUUAAGAUGAAUGGUACUAACAGAAAGACAUACAGCUCAGUCAAGAGAAGUCAGAACAAUCCGACAGCAGUCCAGAGCACAAAUAUAACAGCAUCUAAUGCUAAUAACAAUAACGGGGGUGCUGAUUAGAUCGGUGACAUGAAGAAAAGUCAAGUAGCAAAUAAAAAUGUUCCUGCUGGAGGGAAUGCCAAUAGUAAUAAGGUGUCGGGAACUGUAUCAUAAAAUGUAGCUAAGCAGAACUGA